CGAUGGAGGGAGUCACUCCUGAGUUCUUUGGUCAGUCAGACGGCAGAACUUCCGGUCGGCAUUUUGUUCUACGAGAGGAGAGCCUCUUGAUGAUCGCAACAAUCGUCAUAUUUCUCAUUUACUGUCGAAAUUGGCUGCAUUCAUUGUUUAUGUCGGCGCAGACCGACUGAAACUCCGAAGAACGAAUGUUUCCCCAUGAAUAUACAUUGAAACAUUCACCCUUGAGUGACGGAAGAAGAACGAAUCAGUCCGACCCGGAUUAUUGUUGAUAGCUAGCAAGCUAGCUCACCAGCUAGCUGGCAAGCCAAUCGAGUUCCUUCUGGAGGAGCUGCGAGAGAGAAGAAAGGGGGAGCUAGAGAUACGGACACGGACACAAACCAGCUAAAACAUUCCCCUCCCUUCGAACGCAACAUCCGAAGACUGAAGGAGUAGGACUUUUUAUCUGAAAUGUCAUUGAGUCCACCCAAGACUGCAAAGAAUUCUUCAAUAAGGUGUCAGGAGAUGUGAGGACGGGUGUCGUCCAUCGACUCCCUGAUCUACCUGUGUAUCAACACACUCCCCCACCCUCACCUUCAGCAUGAAUGGGGAUAUGCCUCAUGUUCCCAUUACCACUCUUGCUGGGAUCGCUAGCCUCACAGACUUGUUGAACCAGCUACCCCUCCCUUCCCCUCUCCCAGCAACCACCACUAAGAGCCUCCUAUACAAUGGGAGGAUUGCGGAGGAAGUUACCUGCCUACUGGGAUGUCGGGACGAGAAUCUGGCUUCCCAGCUAGCUCAUGGCCUCAACCAGGUCUCCACAGAGCACAUAGAGCUGAAGGACAACCUGGGUAGCGAUGAGCCAGAGGGAGACGCACCACUGUUGCUGCAGACCAUGCUGGCCAGGAACCCUGGCAUCUUCAGGGAGAAAAAUGUUAUGCAGCAGCCAAUGGUAUCACCAUUCAAGAUGACCCAGAAUUCCAUGCAUAGCCCUGCCCAGUCUGCAAACUUCCAGCCAGCUGCCAUUUCUCCCAAUCCAUCAAGCCGGUUUGUGGCACCGCAGACUGGGUCCAGUAGCCGGUAUAUGGGCCAACAAAACAGUCCAGUACCCAGCCCCUACACUCCUCAAAGUCCUGCAACUGCUUACAUACAGCAGUAUCCCCACCAACAACCACCGAGCUACAACCAACACCAACAGAUACAACAAGUGUCUGUGGCCAGUCCCAUGGUUCCAGGUGGUAUACGAAAUAUCCAUGAGGGCAAAGUAUCCGGGCAAAUGGCAAACGCUGCCAACCAUCACUCAGAGAGACAUGGCACUGAGGACUACCUGAACAUUGUACACCGGCUGGGCAGUGAGGAGGGGGACUCUAGCAUGAGGAAUCCUUCUUUCCCUCUGAGGUCUCCGCAGUCCGGGUGCUCCCCAGCAGGAAGUGAAGGAACGCCCAAAUCGGGUUCUCGUCCUCCACUGAUUCUACAGUCGCCACCUCCCUAUGCACCCUCACCAAGGGAGGGAGGACCAGACCAGAAACAACAUCUCCAGCAAAGGAAGAAACCCCCAGCGGUAAAAGAAGAGAAAGAUAUGUACGAUAUUGUUAGCUCUCCAAAUAAGGACUCUACAAAACUGACCCUCAAGCUUUCCAGAGUCAAGUCAAAUGAGUCUGAUCCCCCUGGUGAGGUUGUGCCAGGCAUGGACCAGAACUCAGACAAUAUGGAGGCAGAGCUAGGCUUUCAGCAGGUGCCUGUUCUCCAGCAAAAUCUCGGAGCCAGGUUGCAACAGCAGCAGAUCUCCCAGCAAGCAGGUGGUGCUAUUGGUCUCCAGCCUCCCACUUCCCCUUAUGAUGAAGCAGAGCUGGAUGCCCUUGCUGAAAUCGAAAGGAUAGAACGAGAAGCGGCUAGUGAGAAGUGCUCCAAGGAGGUGCAAGAUAAAGACAAGCCACUGAAGAAAAGAAAACAGGACUCUUUUCCCCUGGAGCCAGGCGCAGGGGGACCAGGUGGCCCCACAGGUGCCCCAGGCAGUGGAUCAACAGCAGGGGGCAAUGCUGGCAAACUGACACCACAAGAGGCCACCGCAGCUGGGAACGGUGCCAGCCGCCCUCCCCUCAUGGUGAGCAUCGACCUUCAGCAGGCAGGCCGAGUUGACGGCCAGCUCGACCACUGUCUGGCUGCCCCUAUUCCAGCCCUUGAGGCCCAGCGCUGGCCUGAAGAACCAGCGAGUGGGGUAGCUGCAGUAGAGGGUUCUGACACGGCUUUACGGUUGAAACCAGAUGGCCGACCAGAAGUCAUCAAAAACAGGAUCGAUAAACAUGACAGUAGGAGAGAAGGUCGGGAGUCAUCAAAGCACCGACAUGAUGAUAAAUCCUCUGACCGACGGGGGGAGAUGCCAAAGUCAUCAAACCGAGGGGAGCAUGGACGAGACAGGGAUCGAGAAACUGACAGAGACAGGAGGCAUCGAAGUGAGACUGGUGGGCGAGACCGACGCUCUCCUGACUCUCGCUGCCGAAGUGACCGAGAUAAGUCUGGCUUCCGGGGUUCUUCCACUGGAGAGUUUGGUCGAAGCAGCAGUAGGCAAGAUGGUUCCAAACCAGCCUCAUCUACUUCUGGGUUGAGACUUCCAGAUUCUUUCCCUGCUCAGCUCCUGGGAGGGCAUACUGGCGCACUGAAGAACUUCCAGAUCCCUAAGAUCAAAUGUGAUAAGGAAAGCAGUGUGUCAACUGAAAGUCAAAUGUGGGGCCAGCCAAAGGUUAAACUGGAGAGACUGGGUUUGGUGCAGGACUUUGAGAAGAGGCCCAAGCCUGUAGUCGUUCUGAAAAAACUCUCUGUUGACCAGAUCCAGAGGAUUAUCCGGCACAACAAGUCUGGAAAGAACAGAAUCUCCUCAGGAAGGUCUAGCAAAAGUGGCAUGGACCCAGGAGUCCUGAAGGAACUUCCCCCAGAGCUGCUGGCAGAGAUUGAGUCAACCAUGCCCCUGUGUGAACGAGUAAAGGUGAACAAGAGAAAACGGAGCACUGUAAAUGAGAGACCCAAAUACGCUGAGGUCAGCUCAGAUGAGGACUAUGACGCAAAUGGAGAGUCUGCAAGAAAGCGGCAUCGCCGAGACAAAGACAGGGCCUGGGAGUUUGAAGAAAGGGAGCGCCGGGGUUCAGGGGAGCAUCGGAAAAGUGGGCACCGGGACAGCCGGCGAGGCUCAGGGAGUCGCUACCGAGACUCCUCUGAGGAAGACUCACCACCACCCAGCAUGAGUGAAAUUGCUAGAAAACUGAAGAUGAAGGAGAAACAAAAGAAACGGAAAUCAUAUGAACCCAAGCUGACCCAAGAAGAGCUGAUGGACUCGUCCACAUUCAAGAGGUUCUUAGCAAGCAUUGACAACAUACUGGAGAAUCUGGAGGAUGUGGAUUUCACAGCCAUGGCAGAUGAUGAUGAGAUACCUCAGGAAUUGCUGCUUGGUAAACAUCAAUUGAAUGAGCUUGGCAGCGAGUCUGCCAAGAUUAAGGCCAUGGGCAUCUCCAGCAGGAUCCCAUCGGACAAACUGGUGAAGUUACUGAACAUACUGGAAAAGAAUAUCCAGGAUGGGGCCAAGCUCUCCACCAUGAUGAACCAUGACCAGGAUGCUGAAGAUGAAGAGAGACUUUGGAGAGACCUGAUAAUGGAGAGAGUCACAAAGUCAGCAGACGCCUGUCUGACAGCUCUUAACAUCAUGACCUCAGUGCACAUGCCAAAGGCUGUCUACAUAGAAGAUGUCAUAGAGCGGGUGCUACAAUACACCAAGUUCCAUCUUCAGAACACACUGUAUCCCCAGUAUGACCCAGUCUACAGGGUGGACCCACAUGGAGGUGGCAUGUUGAGCUCAAAGGCAAAGCGUGCAAAAUGCUCCACACAUAAGCAACGUGUGAUUAUCAUGUUGUACAAUAAAGUGUGCGACAUUGUCAGCAACAUCUCUGAGCUUCUAGAGAUUCAGCUACUCACAGACACCACCAUUCUCAGGUAAAUACUACAUUCUUUUUUCCAGGUUUCUUCCAUGGGAAUCACACCGUUCUUUGUGGAGAAUGUCAGUGAGCUGCAGCUGUGCGCCAUUAAACUAGUUACAGCAGUGUUCUCGCGUUAUGAGAAGCAUCGGCAGCUGAUCUUGGAGGAGAUCUUUACCUCUUUGGCCAGACUGCCCACCAGCAAACGUUCCCUCAGGAAUUUCAGGCUGAACAGCUCAGACCAGGAUGGAGAGCCAAUGUACAUCCAAAUGGUGACUGCCCUAGUUCUGCAGCUGAUUCAGUGUGUGGUCCACCUCCCCAAUGACAAGGAGACUUUCGAUGAGUUUGACAACAAGGUGGAUCAGGAUGUGUUGAUAACCAACUCGUAUGAGACGGCAAUGAGAACAGCACAAAACUUCCUCUCAGUCUUCCUUAAAAAGUGUGGCAGCAAGCAGGGAGAAGAAGAUUACCGGCCAUUGUUUGAGAACUUUGUCCAGGACCUGCUUUCGACAGUAAACAAGCCAGAGUGGCCUGCUGCAGAGCUGCUGCUCAGUCUGCUUGGUAGACUACUGGUACACCAGUUCAGUAAUAAGCAGACAGAGAUGGCUCUGAGAGUAGCAUCGCUAGACUACCUGGGCACAGUGGCUGCCCGUCUGAGGAAGGACUCAGUCACCAGCAAGAUGGACCAGAGAUCGAUUGAUCGGAUCCUACAAGAGACUCCAGGUAAUGAUGAGACCCAGCAGCUGCAGAAGGCUCUACUGGACUACUUGGAAGAGAAUGCAGAGACAGAUCCCUCAUUGGUGUUUGCUAGAAAGUUCUACAUUGCCCAGUGGUUCCGGGAUGCCACCACAGAGGCUGAGAAGUCCAUGCGGAACCAGAAUCCAAAGGAUGAAGACUCGUCAGAUGGACCACAACAUGCCAAGGAGAUGGAGACCACCGGUGAAAUUAUGCAGCGUGCUGAGAAGCGCAAGAAGUUUCUGCGCAACAUCAUCAAGACCAUGCCAGCUCAUUUCGCUACACUGAAAAUGAACUCUGACACUGUGGACUAUGAUGACUCCUGUCUGAUUGUGCGUUAUUUGGCCUCCAUGAGGCCGUUCGCCCAAAGCUUUGAUAUUUAUUUAACACAGAUCUUGCGAGUUCUUGGGGAAAGUGCCAUUGCUGUAAGGACUAAAGCCAUGAAAUGUCUGACUGAAGUUGUGGCUGUUGAUCCGAGUAUACUGGCAAGGUCUGACAUGCAGCGUGGUGUCCAUGGUCGUUUGAUGGACAACUCCACCAGUGUGAGAGAGGCAGCUGUGGAGCUUCUGGGCAAAUUUGUUCUCAGCCGACCCCAACUCACUGAACAGUACUAUGACAUGCUCAUAGAGAGGAUACUGGACACUGGUAUCAGUGUAAGAAAACGGGUGAUCAAGAUCCUCAGAGACAUCUGUCUAGAGCAGCCAACCUUCAGUAAAAUUACUGAGAUGUGUGUGAGGAUGAUCCGCAGGGUCAAUGAUGAAGAGGGUAUCAAGAAACUAGUGAAUGAGACAUUCCAGAAGUUGUGGUUUACUCCAACUCCAGCCCAUGACAAAGAGACCAUGACCAGAAAAAUCCUGAACAUCACUGAUGUGGUUGCAGCGUGUCGAGACACUGGCUAUGACUGGUUUGAGCAACUUCUUCAGAAUCUUCUCAAAUCUGAAGAGGAGGCAUCGUAUAAGCCAGCCAAAAAAGCUUGUGUUCAGCUAGUUGACAAUCUGGUAGAACACAUCCUCAAAUACGAGGAGUCUCUUGCAGAGAACAAAGGUGUAAAUUCAACACGGUUAGUGGCAUGUAUCACAACCUUGUACUUAUUCAGCAAGAUCAGGGCCCAGCUCAUGGUCAAACAUGCCAUGACCAUGCAACCCUACCUGACCACAAAGUGUAAUACUGCCAAUGACUUCAUGGUCAUCUGUAAUGUGGCAAAGAUCCUCGAGCUUGUGGUGCCUUUGAUGGAGCAUCCCAGUGAAACUUUCCUUGCCACAAUAGAAGAAGACCUCAUGAAGCUCAUCAUCAGACAUGGCAUGACAGUGGUCCAGCACUGUGUGAGUUGUCUUGGGGCUAUUGUCAAUAAAGUCACGCACAACUACAAGUUUGUCUGGGCUUGCUUCAACAGAUUCUAUGGUGCACUUAACAAGCUCAAGAAUCAGCAUCAGGAGGAUCCAAACAGCACCACAUUGGUAGCAAACAAGCCUUUCCUGCUGCGAUCGCUCUUCACUGUGGGUGCCCUGGCCCGACACUUUGAUUUUGAUCUAGAGGAGUUUAAGGGCACCAACAAGGUUGUUAUCAAGGAGAAAGUUCUCGAGCUGCUGCUUUACUUCACCAGACAUGAGGACGAGGAGGUCAAGACCAAAGCCAUCAUCGGCUUAGGCUUCCUCGUGAUCAUGCAUCCCAGCCAGAUGUUUGUGUCUGAUGUGAAGGUGUUGUACAACGGCAUCCUGGCUGACAGCUCCUCCUCCAUCAACCUCAAAAUCCAGAUCCUCAAAAACCUCCAGACAUACCUUCAGGAGGAGGACACACGGAUGCAGGAAGCAGACAGAGAAUGGAAGAAGCUGUCUAAACAGGAGGAUCUCAAGGAGAUGGGAGACAUCUCUUCAGGGAUGAGCAGCUCCAUUAUGCAGCUUUAUCUAAAACAGGUGUUGGAGGCGUUCUUCCACACCCAGUCCAGUGUACGGCACUUUGCUCUUAACGUCGUAGCUCUCACACUCAACCAGGGUCUCAUCCAUCCUGUACAGUGUGUACCCUACCUCAUUGCAAUGGGAACAGACCCAGAGCCCAGCAUGAGGAACAAAUCUGACCAGCAGCUGGUGGAGAUUGACAAGAAAUACACAGGAUUCAUCCAUAUGAAGGCAGUUGCUGGGAUGAAGAUGUCAUACAAUUUGCAGCAGGCAAUCGAUUUGCCUCGUAAGUCCAUCAUAAGAGGUUUCAGACAGGAUGAGACCCACACAGCACUCUGCGCUCACCUCUUCACUAUGAUCCGGGGGAAUCGACAGCACCGGAGGGCUUUCCUCAUCUCGUUGCUGAACCUCUUUGACGAUAGUGCUAAGACCGAUGUGAACAUGCUGCUGUUUAUUGCAGACAACCUUGCCUGUUUUCCAUACCAGAGCCAGGAGGAGCCUCUCUUCAUCAUGCAUCACAUAGACAUCACCCUCUCUGUUUCUGGCAGCAACUUGUUGCAAACCUUCAAAGAGUUUCUGCUAAAGGAACCAAGGCGAAUGGAGAAGAAAGUAAAGAAAGAGAGGAAAAACAUGUCUGAUGGAGAGGACGAAGAGGAAAAGAUGAACUGCGAUUCUCCCAGGAGUGAAGACAAUGAAAACAGUAACAGCGACGACGAUGAUGAAGACUACCAUGAUGAUGAUGAUGUGGUACGGCGGCCUAAAAAGGUCAGAAAACCUGUUGCAGACUCUGAGACCUCAGAGUCGGACUCUGAUCUGGAGGAUUUGGAUGUAGAUGAUGUGGACAAAGUGAUGAGGCUCCUCCCAGACAAUCCCACAGGUCUCUUGGACUUUGCCAGUGCUGUUCAGGGCAUCCUGUUGCUUCUGGUACUCAAACAGCAUCUGAAGAACCAAUAUGGGUUUUCUGACAGUAAAAUUCAGAAGUACUCUCCAACAGAGUCAGCCAAGGUGUACGAUAAGGCAGUGAACAGAAAAAGCAAUGUUCACUUCCACCCACGACAAACUAUUGACUUCAUCUCCAACAACAUGGCUCACGCCACACUGACAGACGAUGUCAAGAGGCGGAUAGUCAAACAGUACCUAGAUUUUAAGGUUCUAAUGGAACAUCUGGACCCAGACGAGGAGGACGAGGAGGGAGAAGCAUCUGCCAGCGCUAACAUCAGAAACAAAGCCAUAAACGCCCUACUGGGAGGCUCCGGCCCCAUGUUGGGACCCAGUCCACGUAACCAGGCAGGACCAGAGACAGAUGACGAUGAUAGUGAUGGUGACGAAAGGACUCCAGGGUCCUCUCGAAAGUCGAGGCGAACGGUUGACUCCUCAGACCCCGGCCGUAUGAGUGAAACAGUGGAGCCUAUGGAUGUGAUUGCUCUUUGUUGCCCCAAAUACAAGGACCGGCCCCAAAUAGCUCGAGUCAUCAACAAGACUUCCAAUGGAUACAGCAUCCACUGGAUGGCUGGCUCCUACUCAGGGCCCUGGGCAGAGGCCAAGAAACGCGAUGGUCGCAAACUGGUGCCUUGGGUGGACACUAUUAAGGAGUCGGACAUCAUUUAUAAGAAGAUUGCCUUGACCAGCAACCACAAACUGAGCAACAAGGUGGUACAGACUUUACGCUCAAUGUAUGCAGCGCGGGAAGGAGGAGCCAGCUAAUGGCUCCUGCGUGGUUGUUUUUUUUUUUUUUUUUUUUUUUUUUUUUUUUUUUUCCCUUUUUUUUUUUUUUUUUAAAGAAAGCCACACACAU